AUGUGGAGGAGCAAACCAACGCCGCACCAGAACACCUUCCCAGCAGGUGCCACGCUCCGGGGCACACCUCCCUGGUGCCUUCCGUCCUCGGUGGGCUUUUCCACGGAGGACGACCCGGUCCACCUGCUGCAGCCUCACACUGAAACCCAGCGCUCCGCGCAGCCGGGAAGGCUCGACCCCGCUCCUCGUUUUCUCCCCACAGAAACAACUCGGGUGGCCGGCGGCUCCCACCGCCGGGGUGUGUGGGUGUUCAGCGGGGCACAUGGGGUGGGGCCGAGCGGGCGGCAGCAGCCGGGGCCAGCCCCGGCCCCGCGCUUCCGUCCCGGUGGAGGCGACCGGCCGGGACAUCGCCCUCCGGCCGGGACAUCGUUCUCCUGCCGGGAGAGCGCUCUCCGGGCGAGGGAAGCGGGGCGGCGGAGCCAUGCGGCCGGCAGGUCGGUGCGGGGCGGCGCGGGGUGCGAGGGCGGGGAGGCCGCCCCGAGCGCGGGGAGCCCUGCUGGGUGCUCAGCGGAAGAUACGAAGGAUAUCCUCGUGAUAUAUGAACAAGAAGCAGAAGAGUGGGCACUGUAUUUAAAAUCUCUCUUUGGACACAUAGUGAAGGAAGGAGGAAUCUUCCUCUACAAUCUAGAGACUUCAACUUUCAAGCACCAGGAACUAUUCUGUUUACCCUCUUAUAAAUGUAAACUCCUGAUACUCUCGUGUGGACUUAUUAACUGCCUGGAUCAAGAGAGAUGUUAUUUUUUGGAACAAGUUCUAAAACCUCUGGAAAAUGUGGUAAUUCUGCUUUGUGGUGUGGAGAAUUCAAGGAUUCUUUAUGAGAUACUGACCUUAGAUGGAGGCAGCAAAGAGAUUUCAACUGAUCAGAAACCUGAGGAAUAUAUUGCCGUUGUUACUGGAAUUAUUCAACCAGAUCACCGGACUAGCUCUGAUAUUAAUUUGUCAAAUGUCAUGGCAGCAUCAGAAACAACAGACUUCAGUUCUAAAAAUGAGGUACUUUCAAAAAGUUUGGAAACUGCGGAGCAGUCGAUAUUGGUGCUUCCAGGAAGAGUAUCAUGUGAGAACCCUGGUGAAAUAUUCAUUCUGUUGAAAGAUGAAAUAGAUGAUGAAACUCUAGAAAUUGAAUUCAUAUCAGAUAAUCAACGAAUUAGGACACAGACAGCCUCUUGGAAUAAGAAGGUCAAGUACGUGAAAGCCUUAGAUUUUCCUGCUGGCCCUGUAUUUGUAAAUGUCUACUCUGGGGGAAUCGUUAAGACCACAGCACUCAUUGAGUAUUACACUGCACUAGAGGAGAUUGAGCCCAUUUUAAAGAAAGUGGCUGACCCAAUAGCUUUCACUUGUCAGGCAUUGAAGUUUUCUUCUGUAGAGAAGGUAGACAAUGUUCUGACGUUGUUAUUGAAAAGCAAAGUGUCUACUUAUGAAUUCAGCCCAUUCCAAAGUGGAGAAGAGCAUCAUCAACAAGCUAAUAGCCAUCUGGAAGAAUUUCCUACCCUCCUUCACUGUGCAGCCAGAUUUGGAUUAAAGAACCUCGCAAUGUUUCUGCUCAGUUGUCCUGAGGCCACAUGGGCUUGCAAAAUAACCAAUAAAUACGGAGAUGAUCCAGAAAGUAUCGCGGAGAAGCAUGGACACAAGGAACUAAGAAAAUUAAUCAAAGAAUUGUCAGUUAACGCAGCAAAUAAUUUCACCAAUUGCAGGGAGGAAGUAGAAGACAAUAACACUUAUGAGCUCAUGUUAGGCUUGGAAACUCAACCAGCCAUGGCCAAGCUGAACCCGGGAGAUCAAUAUGAAAUUGGAUCGAGAUGCCAACACAAAACUGAAGUGGAUGAGGAAAAGAAAGAUGAUGUAAGAGGCAGCAGAGAGGAGACAGAACAUGAAGAUCAAGAAGAGGAAGACUCAUACAGCUUUCACAACAGUCCUGGUGAUUUGUAUGCCAACAUACAGGAUGAUCUCAAAGAGAACAGAAGAGAUUGCUUUCUCUGUAAGAGGCCACCCCCUCCUCCUCCUCGAAAUCUGCCUGGCAUCCUAAGACAGGACGAUCUGCACAAUUCAUCACAAGAGGGGAAUUUUGUGAUGGACAGGAAUAAGAGAGAACACGGGGAUGAACUCAACACAGCGUGCUACAGAGAAGACCGAGACACAUGCGAGGAAGACAGCGAGGAGGAACACCCGUACACUGCUGUGCAGCUGGAGGAAUCUGUGUAUGAUUUCAUACUGGGUGAGGAGGAGGAGGAGAAAAGGAAACAUUGCAGGUCCUUCAUCAUGAACAGGCCACCAGCCCCUGCCCCUCGUCCCACGUGUUCACUGGUCAGAGAGGAGAACACGCCUUAUAUAGUACAAGUGUUCCAGCAAAAGGCCACUCGAGUGACCAGUGACAACAACAGGACAUAUUGCGUCGCCAAGAAACCCGCACACAGAGGCCACACUGACAAAGCAACUUACAGCAUCGUGAAACACAACAUCCCUGCUGAACAGGAAGAACUCAUCCACUUGCAGGAACAGGUGAAAAAGGGGGCAAUUUCUGUGGAUGAAGCCCUGGACAGAUUUAAACGGUGGCAGAAGGAAAAAGAGAGACUACAAUCCACUCAACAAGAAAAAGUACAUCACCCUAGAGACACCACUAUUGGAAACAGACAAGAAAAUGAAAAUCUGAAUGUCUUCAACUAGGAGCCCAACAGACAAGGGACAUAUGCCUGAUUAACGGAGUGCAGCUCUUCAGCCAGCUGCACAGCAGUUUCAUCUGCUUGGUAUCCCACACGUCUUCCAGCUGUGCCCUGACAGCCUCAGACUCCAGCCCCUCCUGCUGUGACACGGCGGUGUGAUCAUCGCUGCACUUCAAGCGUCUUGGAAUCUCUCGCCUGGGCCAACUCUAGAAGAAGACCAGUAUCACUAAAGCAAAAUUAAUAAGAUUCCUUGUAAAGUCAGCACUGAAUUUUACAUCUUUUCUUUGCCUUUUAGUUCUCCCCCCUCAAGAUGACAGCUGAAAAUUUCUGUAAGUAGGUGUUGCGUGCCCUGGUUAAUAAUUUUGAAAUCAUUCCAAUUUUUUUAUGACGCUUGAUAUUUGUUUAAAAGUAGAUUUUAUGCACAGAAAAGGAAUAUUGUGAAAAGUUAUGAAGAUUAUGA